UAAACUAAAAGAAGAAGAAGAAGAAGAAGAAGAAGAAGACGGCGUGCGUAUAAUAAUGAUGAGUGGGAUAGAGGCAUGGUACAUGGAUGAGUCCAGCGAGGACCAGAAGCUGCCUCACAGACUGAAGCCGAACCAGCCCGUGACUCUCAGACAGCUCGAGCAGAUCGGAGUUUAUUACUGGAAGUUAAAUGCUGAUAUUUAUGAAAAUGACCCUGAACUGCAGAAGAUCCGUGAAGAAAAGGGUUAUUCCUAUAUGGAUAUCAUAACGAUUCACCCAGAUAAACUUCCUGAUUAUGAGAACAAAGUGAAAAUGUUCUAUGAGGAGCAUCUUCAUCUUGACGAUGAGAUCCGUUAUAUACUGGACGGAUCGUCUUACUUUGACGUGAGGGACAAAGAUGACCGCUGGAUCCGAAUAGCUGUAUCUAAAGGGGAUCUUAUCACACUGCCGGCGGGAAUUUACCACAGAUUCACCGUUGAUGAAAGCAACUACACUAAAGCCAUGCGUCUGUUUGUCGGUGAACCGGUCUGGAAGGCCUAUAACCGCCCAGCUGAUGACUCUGACAUCCGUAAAGCCUAUGUGAACUCCCUGAGGUGCUCUUGAGAUGCGUGAUGGGAUUGGUUUAGUGCUGCUGAAUCACCGGAUUGCUAAUGUGCUCUUCAUCAGAUCAAACUCUGCAGUGCCUUUAACAAACACUCUUGACACGGGUUACAAUCAUGAGUACUAGAUCUAAUAAAUCAUUACUAAUGAUAAACACAUGAGUAUUUUGAUAGUUAUGACAAUGCAUUGUAGUCCUGCAGGGCCGUGUGAAUGGUGGUUGUUUAAUGGACUCAGCAUUAAUUCAUUACUUUCUAUUAAAAGA